AUGAGUCGCGGAACCGGUGCCGGAUACGAUCGCCACAUCACUAUCUUCUCCCCCGAGGGACGCCUCUAUCAAGUUGGUGGGUGUUUCUGAUUUUCCGCUUGGAUCUUUUGUUUCCCGUGGAAAAUAGUGUGUAAUCCGCGUAUUUAUUGGGUAAAAAGGGAUAGAUCGUGGAAGUUUUUUCUUUCCAUGCCCCGAUGCGGGAGAAUGUUAGGGUUUUUGUCUUCCCUGACCAGGUAGUUUCGUGUUUUGUUCAUCGGCAGAGUAUGCAUUCAAAGCGGUGAAGGCAGCUGCGAUCACGUCGAUCGCUGUCCGGGGUAAGGAUUCCAUCUGUGUCGUCACGCAGAAGAAGGUCCCGGUAAGUGUUAAUGUUAGCUGGCUGAUGCUUGUAUUGUUAGCGUCGUUUGGUAUUAUAUCCUCCCUUUCUUUGUCUCGUUCGAUAAUUGGGUUCCUGGGAACGGGAAAACUAAAUGCAGGACAAGCUUUUGGAUCAGACUAGCGUGAGUCACCUUUUUCCAAUCACAAAGUACCUCGGCCUGCUAGCCACUGGGAUGACAGGUCUGUCCUCUAUUCAAAUUUUACUACUAGUUACGGCUGCAAUCCCCCCAGUGAAAGCAUCAGAAACAUUUUAUUUGCACUUUCCGUAUUUUUCACUAAAUACUCUGAUAAGCUGGGAAUUGUGAGGAUCUAAUCUUAAACAGUCAGCAUCGCUGUGUUUGAACAGUCAGCGUCACUCUGAUAAACUGUAUUCAUAACUCGAUUUCAGUAGAUCCCUUGGAAAUGUGGUCUCUUUGUACUGGUUCGAGCUUCCAUUUGCCAAGGAUUAACGUUGCAUUGAAAUUGAACAGCUGAUGCAAGGUCUCUGGUCCAAAAAGCUAGGAAUGAAGCAGCAGAGUUUCGCUUUAAGUGGGGUUAUGAAAUGCCUGUUGAUGUACUGGCCAAAUGGUAUGGAAUUUAUCUAUAUGAUCUUGUUAUUUAAUCAAACAUUCAGUAUAUUGGUUUAUUCAAGAAAUAGAAAAUGUUCUCCGUGGUCUCAAUAUCCAUUAUUGUGUAUACAUAUUUAGUCUAGAACUUUUUUCCAUUUUUAAUGCAUUUGCUUGCAGAUUUAUUUCACUAGGUGAUCUGCUUGGCUCUCUCUCUCUCGCUCUCUCUCUCUCUCUCUCUCUCUCUCUCUCUCUCUCUCUCUCUCUCUCUCUCUCUCUCUCUCUCUCUCUCUCUCUCUCUCUCUCUCUCUAUCUUUCUAUCUAUCUAUCUAUCUAUCUAUCUAUCUAUCUAUCUAUCUAUCUAUCCACCUAUUUAAACCGAAAAACAUUGCCUAGUCAAAGGAAACCAGACCCUCCAUAUUUUUUAUGUUUUUAUUAUAUGUCCACUGAACUUUGAUUCACUUUUCUUCUUUUUCUGGCCUUGCACUUGGAUCAGUACAAGCUCAUGAUUCCACUUCUGCCUGUAAUUUAAAUGAUCACAAUAGUUGUGGUCGUUACUGAGUUUUAUGUGCCAGUUAAUGUUAAAGAUCAUGUACUGAUAUCUUCUACCCGAAGGAGAGAUAAUAAAAAUUCAGUGGCUGCCUUUGUUUCUGAGAAAUGAUCAUUAGAAUUCGCCCUCUCUGAAAUGUCUCUGUUGAUGAAAGGUCUAAACCUCUGUUAUCAGUUCACAUUGAGCUUUUGAAUCCUAUGAAAAGAGUCCCUAGAACUUUUUUUGCCUGUGUUGUCAUAAAGUGGUAAAUCUAUCAAAUGGUCACCUGGUUUGGCUUCAUUGUUUUCCCUUUAAUCUAUAUCCUUCAAAUCGCAUAUGCAAUCAAGGGUUGUCGUUUGCAUAAAGUGCUUGUAUUUAUCAUUUCGUUUUAUUUAUGUAGAUAAUUUCCUCGUAAGCACAUAAAUCUCAAAUGAUUUUUUUCUUUAUGUUUUCAGAUUUGCGGCAUCUAUUUCGGUUUCAAGCUAUUUAAUAAGCUGCAUCUGCAUAAAUCUCAAACGAAAAAUUGUUGUCUAAAUAUUUAUUUUACCUCCAUGCAUGUGGCUAUUUCAUGGAGGUGUAGCGACGUUCAGAUUAGCCUCCAUAUUCGCAGUUUAAAAUAAACUAGGAGUUUGUCAUUGGAAAAUGUGGUUCUCGAUCCUCUGGGUCAUCAAUUAUUCAGUCGUGUUUGUUGUUGCAUUAGUUCUCUGCAACAAGACUAAUGGGUGAUGGCGCAUCUAAAAUUAUGAUAAAGGCUGUCACUAAUAUCAAACACGAAAAUAGUUCUCACCUUUCCUGCAUGGAUAUGGUUCUAUCGAGUAAAAGCUUGGAGUAUAUUCUGUUUUUGUGGUGAUCUUGGCAAGGUCUAGAGAGUUUCUUUCUUACCGUUGUCCUUUGACGCAAUGACAGGAUAGCAGACCAAGCACAGGUGUAUACACAACAUGCAUAUAUGAGACCUCUUGGAGUAGGUCAGUCCUUUCUCUCUUUUUCUACACUGUCAAUUUAGGAAAUAGAGUGUCAAUGUAUCUAUUUGGUCUAUUUUCAAUAGGAUAUUUAUUUAUUUCUCUCUAUAAGAAUAAUUUCAGUAACGUUUCAUUAUUUUCUGUGUGACUCAUCAUUUUAUUCUUGUUUCUCUUUCGAAAUGCAAAGUUGCGAUUGUAUUGGGUAUUGACGAAGAAAAAGGACCUCAGCUUUUCAAGUGUGAUCCAGCUGGUCAUUUCUUUGGCCACAAGGUACCUGAGAUACCUUAUUCACGUUUUAUUUAGUUGUUUUAUUCUUUUAUUAUUAAUCUUUUAGAGAAUUUUGAAUUGUGUUUGUUAUUACUUGAGACUAAAUACCCUCUCUCUCUCUCUCUCUCUCUCUCUCUCUCUCUCACUUGCUCGCUCGCUCUCACACACACCUGGACGCAGGUCCUCUGAUUCUCUCUCUCUCUCUCUCUCUCUCUCUCUCCCUCCUCCCGUGGGAAAUGUUUUACAAAAGCAUACCAUCUUAUGCUGCAAGAGUAGUGAUGUUGCUGAUGUGAUUGUGAACUGCGGUCUCUGCAUUGUUCUGUCUAUGAAUUAAUCUACUAGCAUUGAAACACUCUGUUCGGGCUACUGGAAAUAGAAGUAUCAACUUUUUUCAAUAUUUCGAAGACUGGUUGACAUGUAGUGAUCGAUUUACUGUAAGAUAGUUUGCAUAUUAUAUAAAUUACGGGUAGAUUGCGUGACAUUAUGGAAGAUUGUUUGCUACAACAGUCUGGUAGACGAUGUGCCAUUAUUCUAGAGAUCUGCGUAUUUUAUCUUUGGAAAUAAAGUAUCUGCAAGAGGAUCUGGUAUCUCUCGGGUGAUCUAUUUCAGAUUAGGUAAAUCUAUUCAAAGUGAAGGAACUGUAACUGGAACCAUACCUUGGUUAAGCACGGUUCAUUUUGUGGUUGUGGACAAUCAAGUGAGAUUAUGUAUGCUCUCAGGAUUCUUUGAUAGACAUUUCAAUUGAGGAGUUGGAAAGUAAGUCCACAAGAAAAAUGUCCAUGACCCAGGAAUGGGUUUGAUACAUUCCAUUUUAUAAUCUAAUGCAAUGUGCUAUAAUUGGUCUUUGUUUCAUUGAUGAGAAACUUGUUCAAACUUGUUUAAGUAGGAGACAAAAAUUGGAAGAGGUAAAAGAACGGAAAAAACAUGCUAGGAGGGAAAUAAUGGCCAUUCUUGGAGAUCUAUGGAGUGGCCUCAAAGAAGAUAUCACCUAGAGGGGGCAAGCAGAUGACAAGUAAUUCCCGAGUCUUUGUUUCAUUGACGAAAACUUGUUCAAGUGUGUUAAAAAGUAGUAAACACAGAGAAAAAGAUAAAGAGGUAACAGAAUGGAAAUCAUGGUCACUUUCGAAGAAUUAUGGAGUGCUCUCAAAGAGGAUAGCAACAACAUACUUCCAGCUUGUCUGAAUGACACAAUGGUGCCCUUGGUUAAUGACACAUUAGUACACAUGGAACCAAAAAAGAUGCCGUUUGAUUAAUGAGAUAAGAAGCGAUAAGGACAACAUCUCCCCAAGAGGAUUUAGUUGCAUGCGUAUGCAAUCUAGUGGUGUGGGCCACAUCAACAAGCUCUUGCGCCUUUUCCUUGAUAAAAAUGCCUGGGGAUGUAGAAAAAGAAUCAAGUCAUUUCUCUAAGGAUUCGAGAUCAUUGUCGAUGUGAAAGAUGUGAAUAUCAACAAAAUUUGCGAGUGUUUUACGUUCCAGAUUUGGAUGGAUCAGGGAAUUCAAUGCUGUCUUUGAGUAAAUCAUUAGUGAAGGUGACAUAUCUGCACACAGACUUGGUACAGACCCUAGACAUCAGGUGAGGUACUUCAAAUAGAUGUAAACUUCGAGGGACGACUCUAGAAGAAGAAGCAAAUCAAUGUAUCCUGCCCAUUUCACAUACCUCUCGCUCAAUAGAAUUUUAGAACAGUUUUUUUUUUCAGACAGUCGGAGCUCUUCAAUUUUUAACAAGGACUUCCUAGACGACAAUGCCACUGAAAAAUACCAACACAGAGAGAGGACGGGAAAAGAAACAUGUAUAUCUAUAUAGAGACACUUAUGCAUCUAUGCAUGCCCACAGCGAGAGAGAGAGAGAGAGAGAGAGAGAGCAGUUCUUCCCCCCACCAUCUAUUUUCUUCGUCACUAUCAGAGCAGUUUAAAUAAUAUGUUGGAUUUUAGGUAUUUAUUAAAUUGGUCGGAAACUGAGGGACUUAAAAGGGGACUCAUUCGAAAAAGAAUCAGGAUGAUGUAUGAAUAGUCACUUUACCAUGUACCGAUCUUAUGCAACCACGAACUGUAAUUGAAAAAGUUAGGAAUGUUGAGGACUAGGAAGACUUUGCUCCCAUAUGAGAUGCAUAAUGAGAAUCUAAACCUUGUGAUUUGACUGACAAUCUGUGAUAACGCAGUUACUUAAUGAUUGGGUCUGCAACCCUGGAUAUUAGUUAAAUUUUUCAUCUAUAGAAGUGGUGAGGAUCCAAUCAUCAGUCGAAGAAGUUACACGUGUCUGCGUAUGCAAGCCUGACAAAAUUCUCCCUGCUCUUUUUUGAUAUAUCUUAAAUCAGUCAACAAGAACAUUAUCAUGUGCCACUGUUUGGAUAGCGUGUGACCCACUGCACCAUCACAGCAGCAGUGGAUGAUCCUCACUGUGGAUAUUUCUUCACUGAUCAGCUUGCUGCGAUGUUAUAUAGAUGAGAUCUCUCCCUCACGAGACCACUGCUGCUAUCUCUUCUUAUUGCUGUACACUCGAUGCUAUGUACUAGUGUUUUUGCGCUUCCUUGCUCCUCUGAAGACUGACGUGGGAUGAAUUCCAUAUCUUCCUCCCAGGCGACGAGCGCUGGUCUCAAAGAACAAGAAGCUAUCAACUUUCUGGAGAAGAAGAUGAAGAACGAUCCGGGAUUCUCAUUCGACGAAACUGUCCAGGUACUCCGAUUCGGUUCUCGAAUGAUAUCAAAAUGCUUAUUAUUAUUAUUAUUAUUAUUCUUGUUCUUCUUUUACUCCUCAGUAUUUGACCGAUUUCCAUCUGUUUGGUGAUUUAUUUAUUUACUUAAAACUUUCAGUCAGAUGGGCAACUCAUGAUUCCCUUUUUCUUUUCCUCUCUUCUAGACUGCAAUCUCCGCUCUGCAAUCUGUUCUUCAGGAGGACUUCAAGGCAACUGAAAUCGAGGUACCGUUGACUUCCCAUCGUUGUCAUGUUGACUGGAUGAUGCACCGAAACCACCUGGCUUCGAAAAACUUUGAACAAUUCACACCAUACCCUGCAAAUCUAUUGGGGCGAUCUUCUCCCCCUCCUAGUCAACGGUAGCCAUUCCGUCGUUGACGUGCGCAUCGCCAAAAUAUUUCAGGUUGGGGUCGUCAGGAAGGAGGAUACGGUCUUUAGAGUCCUGACCACGGAUCAGAUCGACGAACAUCUGACGGCUAUCAGCGAGCGAGACUGA